AUGCCAGUCGAGGACGGCUCCCAUCUCCUCCAUACAGAAGCAGAUGUCGUCCGUGCAGUCAAUGUGCACAUAAUACAUGCACUCAACACUGCAUUAAAGCCAAUAUGCCCAGCUGGAAUCAGCUUGCAGCAUCACGACUUCCAAAUGGCUGAAGCAUCGGAUAUGCGCCAAUGUCAAUUGGAUGAAGCUGAAGUUCUCUCCACGCGUGGCCGGCCAGGCGGAGGUGGAGAUGUCCAGUACACUCCUCUGCCCACAAACGCUCGCCGCAUCGCCCAGCAACUGUAA